AUGCCGGUGCCUGAAGACCCGGCCGACCCAACAGACCGCAAUUCAGCCGAGACCCUUGAGUGGGCGCAUUUCAAGAGAGACGUAUACCAUCAAGUUCUUGGCAUUGUUUUCAAGACCUUACAACGACCAGCACGCCAUGGGGAGGCAAUGAAAUGUGGCGACUCACAUAAUAGGAUUAUUCACCCUGGAAUACCAAUCAAGUCUCUUGACGGAGAAGAGAGCUGUGCGGUUACAGCAACGCGGGCUGCACUUGCCAAUUACCCCUGCCCCAAAUGUUUGGUUCAUCACAACGAGCUACAUAACAUCAAUGGAACAUUUGAGCCCCGCAUUACCAAGACUAUGCAGAAGGCUUAUCUUGAUUCUACUCGAGCGCCAAACAAAAGCGAAGCUGAACGAAUCUUACAGAGCCGGGGGCUUCAUGCUACGCAGAAUUUCUUCUGGUCUUUACACUACUCGGACCCGUAUCUAUCAGUUUCCUACGACAAACUUCACUCGGACGACUUAGGAAAGUGGGGGAAACACUUGUGGCCCCUGUUGCUUAAUGGUCAAGUAUUUUUUGAUAUUCUAAAGUAUUUUCAAAGUACUUACUUUGCUAUUUUAGUGUAUACUACCUUGUGUCACUACGGAAAAUCAUUCGAUUUCUUCAAACAACAUUUCGUCAAUCAUGUUAUUGAGGAUAUCCAACAAAAGGGUGCUACUGACAACUAUGAAACAAGAGUCGGUGAAGGAAUUCACCAGGAGGUUCGUCAAGCUUACAAACAGACUAAUUGCAAGAACACGGAUCCACAGAUGGCCCGAAUAGACGAGAAUCAAGAAUCCAUUGCGUAUCUACGUAUGGUCGUUGACGAGUAUGACAAAGCACAACAAGAACAAGAGCAGGUAGGGAACGCACGAGAAGCUGAGACAGAGGAUACAACAGAGCAGGCCGAGACGGAGGACACAAGAGAGCACAUAAUAGAGAGUACAGACGACCACUGGACACUUGGAUCGCCAACAAGCCUGAGUGACUCUAUUGCAAUGGAGACCAUGCAUUCAGCAUUUGAUAAGUCUCUGCGACGGUUUUUUUCGAUUGAUGUUCCGGAUGCUAGCCUCGGUGUUGAACCCAUUAAGAUCCGACAAUAUCAUUGCGUCUAUCUUCGGUACCAGUCGCAAGAAGACUGGACCGAAGGGCGAGAUAUCCUCAGGUGUAACCCUCGAUUCAAUGGAGUGCCCCGCCACGAUUGCAUACUCAUCAACACGGACACUGUUAAACCCACACCGGCUCGACUUAUAGGGAUUUACAGGUGUUAUAUCAAGUCCAAAACAUAUGAUGUCGUCCUCGUCAAUUACUUCAAGCCCUCCACUACAAAACCAAGGACAAAAUGGGCUGGUGCUCGUCUUUAUGAGGAGGCAAGGGAAAGCAGGUUCGCACUGGUGAAAUAUUUUAUUCGUGGGGCACAUAUGAUUACAGCGUUUGGAAUGAGGGAGGGUCGCUUUUAUCUCAACGAUACCGUAGACGGCGACAUGUUUCUACGCUUUUCAAAGUGA